UCUGAUGCUUUGUCUCUUUCAUGCUGGCUGCUGGAAAUGAGCCUAGGCUUGACCUGACCAUGAUUCCAAGGACUGGCACUUCUUUUUUACUCCUACUUUGUAGAGAUCCAGACCUUCUCUUCCUGCUUGUCAAGAAAAUCAAAUUAUUGCUGAAUUUGGGAAUCUAGGCAGCAUCAGCUUACUUUUUCCCUGCAUCCCUCUGGAAUCAUUUCUGGGAUAUUUUCCAAAUCAUCACAGAAAGCAGGAGGAAUGAACCGGCAGCUAGUGAAAAUUUUGACAACCUUGUUUGCAUUUUUCUUAGAGACAAGCCACUUCAGGACGACUUUCUGUAAAGAACAUGAUUCAAGAUCUGGAAAAUCCCCCUCACAGACCCUGUCUCCUUCAGAUUUUUUGGACAAAUUGAUGGGAAGGACAUCGGGGUAUGAUGCUAGAAUCAGACCAAAUUUUAAAGGUCCUCCAGUAAACGUUACUUGCAAUAUUUUUAUCAACAGUUUUGGAUCAGUCACAGAAACCACAAUGGACUACAGAGUGAAUAUUUUUUUGAGACAGCAGUGGAACGACUCACGUCUGGCUUACAGUGAAUAUCCCGAUGAUUCCUUGGAUUUGGAUCCCUCUAUGUUGGAUUCUAUUUGGAAGCCGGACUUAUUCUUUGCCAAUGAGAAGGGAGCAAACUUCCAUGAUGUCACAACAGACAACAAGUUGCUGAGGAUUUCUAAAACGGGGAAAGUGUUGUACAGCAUCAGGCUUACUUUAACCUUGUCCUGUCCCAUGGACUUGAAGAAUUUUCCUAUGGAUGUACAGACAUGUACAAUGCAGCUAGAGAGCUUUGGCUACACUAUGAAUGAUCUGAUAUUUGAGUGGCUAAGUGAUGGACCUGUGCAAGUUGCAGAGGGUUUAACCUUGCCACAGUUUAUUUUGAAAGAAGAUAAAGAACUUGGUUAUUGCACAAAACAUUACAACACUGGAAAGUUUACAUGCAUCGAAGUCAAGUUUCAUUUGGAGCGUCAGAUGGGAUACUAUUUAAUCCAGAUGUACAUCCCUAGCCUGCUGAUUGUCAUUUUGUCCUGGGUUUCUUUCUGGAUCAACAUGGAUGCUGCUCCAGCUAGAGUCGCACUGGGCAUCACUACAGUUUUGACAAUGACCACGCAAAGCUCAGGAUCAAGAGCUUCCCUACCAAAAGUCUCCUAUGUAAAAGCUAUUGAUAUCUGGAUGGCCGUGUGCCUUCUCUUUGUCUUUGCUGCGUUACUGGAAUAUGCAGCAGUCAACUUUGUUUCACGGCAGCACAAGGAGUUUCUAAGGCUUCGAAGAAGGCAAAGAAGACAAAACAAGGAAGAUGAAGUUGCUCGUGACAGCCGAUUCAAUUUCAGUGGCUAUGGCAUGGGUCACUGCCUCCAAGUCAAAGACGGCACAGCAGUCAAGGCUACUCCACCCAACCCACCUCCACCACCACCAAAGGAUUCAGAUUCCAUCAAAAAGAAGUUUGUUGACCGUGCAAAAAGGAUUGAUACAAUAUCCCGUGCUGCAUUCCCACUCGCCUUCCUCAUUUUCAACAUCUUUUACUGGAUUACAUACAAAAUUAUACGGCAUGAGGAUAUUCACAAGAAAUAG